AUGGCAAAGGGACAAUCCUCAACACAGCAGACCGAGGGUAGCGGCAAGGACAAGAGCGGCAACCCCAUGCGCGAGCUUCGCAUUCAGAAGCUGGUCCUCAAUAUCUCCGUCGGCGAGUCUGGUGAUAGAUUGACAAGAGCGGCAAAGGUGUUGGAGCAGUUGAGCGGUCAGACACCAGUCUACAGCAAGGCUCGCUACACCGUCCGUACUUUCGGUAUCCGUCGUAACGAGAAGAUCUCCGUCCACGUCACCGUCCGUGGCCCCAAGGCCGAGGAGAUUCUGGAGCGUGGCCUCAAGGUCAAGGAGUAUGAGUUGAGGAAGCGCAACUUCUCCGAGACUGGCAAUUUCGGCUUCGGCAUCUCUGAGCACAUCGAUCUCGGCAUCAAGUACGACCCUGCGAUUGGUAUCUACGGCAUGGACUUCUACUGCUGCAUGACCCGACCAGGUGAGCGUGUCGCCAAGCGCCGCCGCUGCCAAACCAAGAUUGGCUCCUCGCACAAGAUCGAUCAACAAGAGACCGUCAAGUGGUUCAAGAACAGGUUCGAGGGUAUUGUGAGGUAA